CCUCACUGACCGAGCGGCGGGCGGAGAGAGCACGUCAGUCGGCCGGAGCGGGGAGCUGUGUGCACCUCCACUUGGGACUCGUCGCUCCCGGGAGCCGCGCAGCUCCCUUCGCGGUAGCAGAAGCGACAGAGAGCGCCAUCCGCGGACCGUUGCGGCGCCCAGGCCCCGUUGCGCGCGCCCCGCUCGCCCUCGGAGUCGGCCCAGCCCGCCGCUGGUGGAGGCUGAGGCGACGACGGGCGACCGCCGCGAGCCGCCUUAGCCGCUGCGGCCUUCGAUCCUCCCUCCGCCUCCUUCUUUGCCCCCCCCCCCCGCUUCCCUCCUCCCACUUCCCGAGCUCCGGCGUGUCCCGGCCACGCUCGGUGCCGCUGCGGGAACAAAGGAGGAACCCGCGGCGGCGACACCACCUCCGCCUGCGGCUACGACCUGCUCCCGGCCGGCCGCGGCGGUUCCAGGGCGGCCGGCUUACCUAUCCCGGAGGCCUCGGCCCGGCUCUACUGCGCCGGCGUCGCGCGCGAGCCCGGCUCCUGCCCCCGCAGGGAGAACAAUGGCUCAGGAGACUAACCAGACCCCAGGGCCUAUGCUGUGUAGUACAGGAUGUGGCUUUUAUGGGAAUCCUAGAACAAAUGGAAUGUGUUCUGUUUGCUACAAAGAACAUCUUCAGAGACAGCAGAAUAGUGGCAGAAUGAGCCCAAUGGGAACAGCUAGUGGUUCCAACAGUCCUACCUCAGAUUCUGCAUCUGUACAAAGGGCAGACACUAGUUUAAACAACUGUGAAGGUGCUGCUGGCAGCACAACUGAAAAAUCAAGAAAUGUGCCUGUGGCUGCCUUGCCUGUAACUCAGCAAAUGACAGAAAUGAGCAUUUCAAGAGAAGACAAAAUAACUACCCCGAAAACAGAGGUGUCAGAGCCAGUUGUCACUCAGCCCAGUCCAUCAGUUUCUCAGCCCAGUACUUCUCAAAGUGAAGAAAAAGCUCCUGAGUUGCCCAAACCAAAGAAGAACAGAUGUUUCAUGUGCAGAAAGAAAGUUGGCCUUACAGGGUUUGACUGCCGAUGUGGAAAUUUGUUUUGUGGACUUCACCGUUACUCUGACAAGCACAACUGUCCUUAUGAUUACAAAGCAGAAGCUGCAGCAAAAAUCAGGAAAGAGAAUCCAGUUGUUGUGGCUGAAAAAAUCCAGAGAAUAUAAAUUACUACUUGUGAAGAGACUGAAACUUUGUUUUUAUUUUAAUAUAUCGUAGGAAAACAUUAAAGAGCAGAUGCAUGGCCAUUUUUCUUUGAUGUUCUCCAGAGUUUUACUUCACACUUGUCUGUCUUAUAGUUGAUAUUUUAGGUUGUUUGGGUGUUUGUUACAGGCAGAAUUGGAUAGAUACAGCCCUACAAAAUGUAUAUGCCCUCCCUUGAAUAAAAUUGGAUGAAAAUCUGCACAGCAAAUUGAAAUACACAGAUAACAGGGACAAAAUUUAGUUCCCUCGUGCCAAACAAAAUAUGUGAAAUAUCUGCAUGUUUGCAGCAUAUCUGCCUUUGGGAAUGUAAUCAAGGUGUAAUCUUUGGCUAGUGUUAUGUGCCUGUAUUUUUUUUAAAAAAUGGUACACCAGAAAAGGACUGGCAGUCUACUUCUACCAUAGUUAAACUUCACGCUGUUAAUUUCUACAUGUUCUUUGGAAGCAGGAAGAAAGCUAUAAAGUGGAUCAGACCUUUCCGUGAAACCAGUGUUCGGUGCCAUAUGUGAGCCUAGUUAAUUAGUCUUCUAAAAGCUGUCAAAUAAGACAUUCUGUGAGAGGUAUACAUCGCAACUGGUUAUAAAGAGUAAACAUCAAGCCAACAGGGUCUUGAGCUAUCUUUGAAACUUACUGUGCUGGCCUGCACCAGAAGAUGUCUGCAUUAUUCUCAUUGCUAAAAAUGCAUAGCACAGAACUGCACUAGGAUUAAUUUGUUUAAAAGAAGAAUUAAAACUCUACGUUUGGUUUUCACAUACAGCAGCUCUGUUGAAUAACAUGCAUCUGAAUUUUAAGUUGCAAAGGUAUCUCAAUAAUUUUUCAUGUGCAUAUUUUGUUGAGUGUUUUGGUUCAAGAAAGAAUGUUUAAAGCUUUUUUAAAGACUUCAGUUCUUAAUGUAACUGUACCCUUCUGCAUGGAAAAUCAUAACCAACAUGGCUGCAGUAGACUUCUUAGUGGUAUCCAGCACCACUUGCAGAGGGCUGCUUUAUCAUAUUAAUUGUACUUGGGUGUAGGACUCUAGUGUUCUUGGGUGUAUUGCAUGGGCUGCAUUAUCUACAGCAUUGUACAAUAACAACUAGAAGAGGCAGUAUACUUCACUGAUGCUUGUCUGGUAAUAUCACUUCUGUGUUAUAAUGGAAGGUUUUUUGUGAUGUAUGAAACUUGUGUUUUUUUAUAUAUAAAUGAGUAUAGUUAGAUUAGUGUCGUGGUAAUGCCUGUUUUCAUCUGUAAAUAGUUAAGUAUGUACACGAGGCACUACUUCUGAUUUACUGCAGUGUUCAGUCUUAGUUUUUACUUUUAUUCUUAAAGCAUUCAGUUUUGCUUUCAAUUUUCUGUAUCUUAGUUUCAGUUAGAUCUGCAGAUGUGUACAGAUAGUUCAUAUUUAUGUAUUGCACAUAAUCAUGCUAUUCAGCAUUGAUGCUAUAUUGUAUUAUGUAAAUAAUAAAAGCCAUGUACAGAGGGAAA